UUGCUGAUUGUUUUCUGUUUCGUAUAGACAGUAUGAUGUAUAACUAAACGUUGAGCGGUCGUAUCAGUAGAUCUAAAAUGUACUUUUUAAUUUUUAUAGCUAUAUUAAUUGUUGUUUUCUAUUUGUAUAAUAUACGAAUAUUUAAUUACUGGACAAUAAGACGCGUUAAACAUGAAAAACCCGUACUAUUAUUCGGAACAUAUUACAAUGAAUAUCUUCAGAAACAAAGUCGAUCUCAACUCGUGGAAGAACUUUAUUGGAAGUAUCCAAAUGAGAAAGUGGUAGGAGCAUUUAGGUUCACCACACCUGAGCUUAUUAUCAGAGAUCCUGAAAUAAUAAAGGCCAUUUUGAAUAACGACUUUUCAUCGUUUUAUAGUCGUGGAUUUAAUCAUAGCAAUGAUGUAGAAAUUUUGCGAAAGAAUCUAUUCGCGAUAGAUGGAGAUCCUUGGCGAAUGCUUAGACAGCGGAUGACACCAGCAUUUACAAGCGGUAAGCUAAAAGCUAUGUUUCCUCUUAUUGUAGAACGAUCUGAGAAAUUGCAAUCAAGAACUCUCGCUGCUGCGGCUCGCAAUUAUUCAUUGGAUGCAAGAGAAUUGAUGGCUCGAUAUACCACCGAUUUCAUUGGUGCUUGUGGCUUUGGAAUAGAUGCUGACGCACUUAAUAAUGAAAAAUCUGCUUUCCGAAAACUUGGUAUCAAAAUUUUUAAUAUGACGCCAAAUAAAGCAAUGAAGGCAAUUAUAAAAGAUGCAUUUCCCUAUUUCGAAAAGACCUUAGCAACAUUUAUAGACAUAGAAUCACAAGUUCUAAAUUUAGUAAAACAUAUUGUAAAUGAAAGAAACUACAAGCCUUGUGGUCGAAACGAUUUUAUCGAUAUAAUGCUAGAGUACUUAAAUAAACCUAUGGAAGCGGAAUCCAUAGAAAAAAGAAGUGACGAUGAUAAAGACCCCGUUAAAGUACAAAUGAUUUUAGAUAUUAAUUUAUUUGCAGCUCAAGUUUUUGUAUUUUUUGGCGCUGGCUUUGAAACGUCAGCAUCUUCGACUAGUUACACAUUACAUCUUCUAGCAUUUAAUCCCGAUGUACAAAAAAAAGUUCAAGACAAUAUUGAUCAAGUUUUAGUGAAACACAAUAAUAAGUUUAGUUAUGAAGCUGUAAAAGAAAUGACUUAUCUGGAAUGGGCUUUCAAAGAAGGACUUAGAAUAUUUCCAUCUCUUGGUUAUCUAAUGAGAAGAAGUACAAAUAAAUUUAGAUUUAAAGAUAUAAAUUUGGAUAUAGAUGAACGUGUGAAUAUAAUUAUUCCUGUACAGGCUUUACAUUUGGAUCCUAAUUAUUGGGAUAAUCCUAAGGAAUUUAGACCUGAAAGGUUUCAUCCUGAUAACUUUGGAGCGACACAAAAAAUGGUGUAUUUUCCAUUUGGCGAUGGACCCCGAAAAUGUAUUGGUAGUCGUCUUGGCUUAAUGCAGUCGAUGGCAGGACUGGCAGCGAUACUCUCCAAGUUCACAGUAGAACCUGCAGCAGAAACUGUUCGCUAUCCAACAGUUAAUCCAAAAUCUAAUGUUGUGCAAAGUAUCAAAGGAGGUUUACCAUUGAUGUUUCGUGAAAGGAAAAAAGUAUGAAAUGAAACACAGCAAAUUAUACCAUAAAUAUUUGUGUAAAUAAAGAUUAAUUUUGUUCUUGUUAGGAUGAAUUAUAAAUAAAAAUAAUAUAUGUGUAGAAAUCGAAUUCAAUUUCUUCGCGAUAUACCC